AUGACUGUUGCCUCUAUGAUGAAUCUCGACUUCGAUCCAGCUAAUGAAUCUGCAAUCCCAGCUGAAACUGAACAGACCAAGGCCUCGUAUAAAGACUCGUUCCUGGGGAACAAGCCAGGCCCGCCACCAUUUGCAGGUGAUGAUCUCAUGUCCGAUGAAUCUGGCGAUGAAGGGGACGACGACCCAGAAUGUCCAACCAUCCGAAUCAAAAAGAGCACAAACGCAAGAGUACAACAGAGAUGGAGCAGGGCCAUCACGUUCAGAGUCCUUGGAGGGCCUUGGACGAUCAAUGACCACUACAUUGUCUCAGAGCCAUGGAGACUCGACUUUGACCCAGACUUCGAUGUCAUCAACAAAACAGCUGUUUGGGUGAGACUUCCUCACCUUCCUCUUGCCUACUUUGAUGAGGAGAUUCUCAUGGACAUCGGUAGCAAGCUGGGUAGAGUGGAGAAGAUCGACUACAACACCUCAAACGGGUUCAGGGGAAACUACGCGAGAAUCUGUGUGGAGAUCGAUCUGAGAAAGAAACCGGUAUCCAAAUACAUAUUUAAAAGGAGAGUCAGAUGUGUUGAGUACGAGGGACUCCAUACUGUCUGCUUUGAGUGUGGCCACUACGACCAUCUUGCUGAGAAAUGGCCGACGAGGAACCCGGUCAUAAACCAGGAGUCGCGUGAAAAGAGAGCUGAGGGGGUAACUGACAACUCGAAUCAGACCAUUAGACCUGAAGUUCUGGAAGAAUUUGGACCAUGGAUGUUGGCAACCAGACCAAAGAGGAGGAAACAGCAGUAG